GCCGUGUGUUACCGCCGUGUGCUAGCGCUGUUCCAAAAAGGUCCAACGAGGAGAUCUGCGUCUAUUACCUGGGCAGCACUAAAAAUAAGCUUGCUUCGCGCUCGUAACACAAUUAUCAUAUUGGAGCAUUCGACUUAUCAAGCACAACCGAGCCAACAUUUUUGCCCAGCAAGCCGCAGGGGCUGGGCCGGCCCAUACGACGUGCCGAUCAGAUAAUCACUAGGCUAUCUUGCGACUUAUCGUCCAGCAGGGCGAGCUGCACUGCACACGCUCCGGAGGAAUGAGGCAAGCCUUGCCUUCUGCCGCCGUGGGCCAGCUGCCACACGCUCGGCCGCGCCAUGUUAUAGCUGGUGCACCACGGAGCAUCAGAGCGCGUAAGCUUCCAUGCCACGCGGCGUCGACGCUCGGCGCCGGGGAUUCCAGCCAGGCUGCGGGCGGUAAACCCGCCAGUGCAAAGGACGCGCCGCGGGCAGCCGCCGACGCCCCUUCGGAUGCCGGGCGCACGGCGCCGUCCACCGCUGACGACGGCGCCGCCAGCAGCAGCGGCGCAAGUGCCGACGGCCCCAGCUCGCGCGCUUUCGUGUCCAGCCCCGCGCUAGUCCGCCGCCUGGCCGCAGCCACCACCGCUGAGGACGUUGCGGACGCGCUCUCCGAAGAGGUGCCAUCUGGGUUGCGGGAGGAGGACGCCAGGGCGGUGCUUUCCUUCUGCCUGCAGCGCGGCAAGACCGCGCUAGCGCUCAGCAUCUACCGGGAGAUGUGUCUGGCGCGGCGUGGAGGGUCGCGGCCGGGCGCAGCGGGCCGCAGCCUGGACGUCGCGUUCUCCUGGCCGGCCGCUGGGCUGGCCACCACAACAGAGCUGGUGCUGGGGCUGUGCCAGCAGCUGUGCAUCGUGGAGGCGCUGCAGGUCCUGGCCGACAUCAAGGUGCAGGGCCUGCCGCGCGGCAGUGAGGAGGUGGGGUUCGGCAAGGUGGUCACCAGCCCGCUGGCGCCGGACCGGCCGCUCACCGUGGUGCAGCCGCAGGAGGGCGCCAAGACAGUGGCCGACGGGUACAGUCGCUAUGAGUACGACGUGUACUCCGGCACCUGCCUGGGCAUGAGCUCCACGGCGCUCAACGGCAACGGCAACCUGCUGCUGGGGCUAGGCCGCGCGCUGGGGCUGGUGAAGAAGCCCGGCGUGGCGGCCAUUCACGAGUUCGUGCUGCAGGCUCCCGACAGCACCUCCCGCACCUUCCGUGUGGGCACAGAGAACGCCACCGUGCCGGCACAGGUGGGCGAGCGGCUGACGGUUGUGUCCUCGCCGGUGCGCAACGUGCGGCAGGGCGGGCUCUUCAACGCCUCACCGCCCGGCACCCGACCCGGCGAGGCACUGUCUGCCACCAACCACAAGACGGGGACGGUGCUGCAGCUGCUGAGGCCGCCGGCGUCGGUGGAGCAGGCGGGCGCGCUGCCCAGCUGGGUGCUGCCUGUGGCUGUGGUGCUGGCGGGCGGCGACGCCGCCUCCAGCCUGCUGGACCCGGCGCUGCCGCUGCUGCUGGCGGCGGGCGCGGCCUCGCUGGCGGGCGGCAGCCUGGUGACCAGCAGCGUGGUGGUGCCCCGGCUCAAACAGCUGCCCGACAACAAGAUCAAGGUGGAGUACGUGCGGCAGCAGCUGCUGGGGCAGUACAACACACUGGCGGGCAAGGCGGCGGCGGUGCUGACCGAGUCCGCGGAGGACGUGCGCUUCCUGGCGCGGCUGUGGCAGCUGCAGAACAAGAUGGAGGCCGUGGGCGGUGCCGCGGCGCCAGUCGCCGCCGCCGCGGCGGCGGCCGCUGCUGGCGCCGGCUCCAGCAGCGGGGCAGCUGCGAGCAGCAGUGGCAGUGGCAGUGGGGCCAGCAGCAGUGGCGGGCCGGCGGCGUCGGCGUACGAGGCGCGCAUAGGGCGCGUGUCUCGCGCACGGGCGAACAUUGAGGAGCGCCUGGCCCGGAAGGUGGAGCUGCUGGAUGGGUACAGCCGCGUGAUGAACAUGAUCGAGAUUGAGGUGGAGAUGGACAUUGAGGUGCCGGCCGCCGAGGUGGCGGGCAUACAGCAGCAAAUGGACCGGCUCAUCGAGCUGGAGAGCGUGGCGGAGGACUGGCGCGCGCAGGCAGAGGCGCGGGACGAGGUGGAGCGGCUGCUUCGCGCGGCCUGAUGAUGUGGAGGGGUCCGGUGGCUGGAGUCGCAGCUGCGUGUGGCAAACUUUCGAGGCAGGAAGCCAAGUGCAAGCGUUGGUAGCCGGCAGCAUCAUCGUGAGCGUCGGCGUGACCUGUGAUAUCGUGCAGGUGCAGGUGUGCGGGAAAGCCGCAGAGAGAUGUCGGUGCAACGUUUAAUACGCAAACACAUACGCGGAUGUACCAGACAAGGAAAAGGUGUGCGCACUGCCCAUGCAGCAGUACAGAAAGCAGAUGUGUGCAAGUGCAGUGCGGUUGAGCAGGAAAAACGGGUAGUGAUGAACUGAUAAGAUUAUUGCGAAGGUAUUGCUUUGCGUCGUACGUGUGAGACCUUGAGAAGUGCUGGAGCGCGUUCCAUGGGAUACAGUAUUCCCACCGCCAAAACACACAUUGCAUCAAGCAAGUGGCACGGAAGGUCAAUGGCGCAGCCCGAGAGACGCCAUUGGUUGACGGGGGUGCGUGUGGGAGCCACAGGAGCUGUGUAGGACGAGCAGGUGCAGGAACAGAAUAGUGGCAAUUUUGGCAACCCGAACACACCAUGCCACGAGUAAGCGGAGAGCGCUGCGGUUUGUGAUGUGUGCCUAUCAGUUGGGUCAGGGCCGGCACAGUUGGGACGGCACUGAGCUUUUGUGAACAGACCCGAGAGUGUCCAGUCAGCAUCGGCUCCCCUCAUCUCCACACACACCGCCUCGUGCGGCCGUCAAUCCUACCUCACUGCACCCCUGUGCCUCCCGCAUAGCGCUGCUGCGGCAAAGUGGGCAACCUGCGGUCUGCGCAAUGCAAAUGGUGGCGUGACGCUCAGUACGGCAGACAGGCAGGGAAUAGGAGCUUGACCGGGGCCCUCUUUCCUUGGAAAGGGAAGGGCCCGCAUUGUUGUCAAGGUCGCCAGCCUGGCUGCCCGGGCUGCCCGGGCGGGGUCGAUGCUGUUACUAAACCCCGCGCCUGACCCCGCGUUGCACUCAGCAAGCCCGUGUCAGCGUAUUGCACUCCGUUCCUUCGACAGCGCAGAUGCUUAGACUCUGUACGAUGCAGCUGCACGAGGGCUGGUUUGUACUGCGAGCCCUGGGGAUAUUACUGAUGUAUAAGAUCAUUUAUC